CAGCAGGCGCUACGCAGGAAACUGGGUGUGCGCUGCUUAGAGGGUUUGGUAGCUCUAGGAAAAGGAAACAGAGCUGGAUAAUAAUCUUCCGGUACAGUAAUAACAAUACGGGGACACGACUCCCGGGCUGGUCUCAGAUCACCUGCCGAUUGGUGGAACGGCGGGACUUUGGGCAGGUCUGCUGAAACCGGGCUACCGGGACCGGUGUAUCACGUGACAGUGCCUGCUGGAUUAUGGUGACCGGAACUCGGCGGCGGCGGCUCCUGUGACCAGCGUCUAUAACUGCACAAGAUGUCUAUUCAGUACUCCGUGGAGGAGCCGCUGUCCGGCAGCUACGGGGUUGCCGACUCUUUCCCCAAGGACUUUGGCUAUGGGGCUGAUGAGUCCGAAAUGGACGAGACUUCGACGUCGUCAGAUAGCAAGCCCCGGAUCCUUCUCAUGGGCAUGAGACGCAGCGGCAAGUCCUCCAUCCAGAAGGUUGUGUUCCACAAGAUGUCUCCUAAUGAAACUUUGUUCUUGGAAAGCACCAACAAGAUUUACAAGGAUGAUAUCUCCAAUAGUUCUUUUGUCAACUUUCAAAUAUGGGACUUUCCAGGACAAGUGGAUUUCUUUGACCCGACAUUUGACUAUGAGAUGAUUUUUAGAGGGACAGGAGCAUUAAUUUAUGUCAUCGAUGCCCAGGAUGAUUAUAUGGAAGCCCUAGCAAGACUUCAUGUCACAGUCACCAAGGCCUAUAAAGCAAAUCCGGACAUGAAUUUUGAAGUUUUCAUACACAAAGUAGAUGGUUUGUCUGAUGACCACAAGAUCGAAACACAGAGAGAUAUUCACCAGAGAGCCAAUGACGACCUGGCUGAUGUUGGUCUGGAAAAGCUCCAUUUAAGCUUCUACUUGACAAGUAUUUAUGACCAUUCAAUAUUUGAAGCUUUCAGUAAAGUUGUGCAGAAACUUAUUCCACAAUUGCCAACACUAGAAAACUUACUAAACAUUUUUAUAUCUAAUUCUGGCAUUGAAAAAGCUUUCUUAUUUGAUGUGGUCAGCAAAAUCUAUAUUGCAACAGACAGUUCUCCUGUAGACAUGCAGUCCUACGAGCUGUGCUGUGAUAUGAUCGAUGUUGUAAUAGAUGUGUCUUGUAUAUACAGCUUGCAUGCGGAGUGUAAUGGGACUGCAUACGACAAGGAGUCCAUGGCGAUUAUCAAGCUCAACAACACAACUGUUCUCUAUUUAAAAGAAGUUACAAAAUUCCUGUCACUUGUUUGUAUUCUUAGGGAAGAAAGCUUUGAGAGAAAAGGAUUAAUAGACUACAAUUUUCACUGCUUUCGAAAAGCCAUUCACGAGGUAUUUGAGGUGGGGGCUUCCACCCAUAGGACCUUCAGCCAUCAAGCCAGCAGUCCAAAUCUUAAUGCAGUGACUCACAAUGGCACGCCUGCAAACGCUGUCUGAGUAUAACCUUGUGGACAUUGCAACAAGUAGCCCAAGUGCACUGCCCGCCACAUGGAGCUGUGUCACUUGUGAAAAGGCCAGUGCAAGAAAUACAGGGUACUACAGACAGAAGAAACCUUGUGGAUUUCCAUGCUCUGCUGUUCACCAUCCUUUUAAGUGUCUGAUCAUAGUGACAUGUUUGCGUUCCUGUCAUGAUUCAACUGAUUUACAUAUGAAAUGGAUCAUUUUUGGUUUGGAUUUCUUUUUCUUCUGGUAAAACAGUGUAUGCAUGUGAAAAGCCGCAUGUCAUCUUACCUGGUUCAUUAUUAUUAUUAUUUUUUUUUUAUAAAUGCUGACUUUACUGCAACUCUUUUACCAUUUAUGUCAAACUUGGGAAUCACAAAAUACACACCUACUUGGGGGUUGUUUCGUUCACACAACACAACCUCGAAAACUGAAAACAUUCCAGAAGGGGGCGCACUACUGCUCUGUCUGAGAACUAGACUGGCACGUGUCAAGUGAUUCCUCAUCUUGUAAUGUUUGCAAAUCCUAAGGACCUUCUGAAGAAACGCAGAUAACCGGCGAACGGCACCUUUGCUUCUUGGAGGCAAUUGGAAAUAAUACACGGGAAUAUAUCAGUAGCUUUCACUGUAUUACUCUUAGUCAAGUGCACACCUCUAUACACAGAUUCUCUUUUAAACUUGCAGUCCUUCGGCUUAAUUCCAAAUGCCUUUUUUUAAAGGGCUGGUGCCUAUAAAUAAAUAUAUAUAUAUAUUGUAUGUGUUUUUUGUUUAUUUUGUUUUUUUUUUAGAUUUUGUUGUGAAAUAAACUGCACAGUAAGCUAAGGGUGCCAUAUUGGUUAUGCAUUUUGCAGUAUAUUGAAGACUUGUUUAUUAUUUACAAUAUGAAAUGUUGCUUUCUGUGAUUUAAAAAUGUAUAAAAAGGUGGAAGCGGAUUCUAUUAAGAGAGCUGCUAAUAAUAACCGUACCGAUCCUUCAACUACAUGGAGAUCCUUAGGUCAUUGGUAAGAGCCAGAAGAGUGGCUUGCGGACUGACCAGAGUCCUUUGCCCCUUGGGUGGCGGUGCACAACGUCGGAGAUGAAUAAUAAGAGGCAGAUUGGUUGUUAAAAGGUUACAUUAGACUAGUGUUUUCCAAGCAGGGUGCCUCCAGCUGCUGCAAAACUACAACUCCCAGCAUGCCCGGACAGCCGAAGGCUGUCCGGGCAUGCUGGGAGUUGUAGUUUUGCAACAGCUGAAGACGCACAUUAGACCACUUAUCCCUAGCAACCAGUCUAUCAGACAAGUCGGCUCUGAAAGCACAGCGGGAAAAGGCAUCCUGGUAGAAAUCAAGACUAUACCAUUCCUCAUCUUCAAUUGUAAUAAUAAUUUUCUAAAAUAUUUGAUUUUUUUAUUGAAAAAUUCAACAAAUGGGUAGAACAGUCUGUGGGUUACCCCAAUAUGGGUUGCUUUUUUUUUUUUUUAUUUUUUUUUUAUUUUUUUUAAGCUAUGGUAUUAUAUCACCUCUAGGUUAUCUGUUGUUUCCGUACUGAUGAAUUGUGUAUGGUGUAUGGGACUCAUGCUGUAAAUGUCUCUCUAAGAAUAUGGCUUAUCCUUCCUGUACCGUCGCUGGUUAAGACUAACCCUUGUUCAGUAACACUACUUUUCCACUAACUACAAAUCAGAUGAUCUACACGUGUUAUAGAUGUGGCAGUUGUUGCAGUUUAUAUUGCGGAUACAUUUUUUUUUUUAUUCUGCUUUCUUCAAUCCACUGGUGUAUUUUAGUAUGGUGGUUAUUCCAUGACGUCGCACCUUCUUGCUGUACCAAAGGCCCUUUUCUUGCUGGAUUCUUAUGUAACAAAGUGCCACUGUAACUUGUCUGUAUGGUUGACUAGAGUGCAUUCUGCAAAUGAUCAGUGAUCCAAGGAAUCGUAAUAUGGACCGGAAUGAAAGUCAACAGAAAAUAUGUGGGGGAAAAAAACUUAUAUAUUUAUAUUUCCUUUUUAAUGAUGUGUAACAAGGGUAAUCGAUAAGCAAACCUUUUUACUCAUGGCAGAGUUUCGUAUUCCAUGAUGGCGUUCAACCUGUACCCCUCUAAGCAGGACAGCUACAGAAAGUGGUCACUUUUAAAGGUCAGGUAUUCACUUUGCCUUGUUUUUCUACCAGUACAACAUGGACAUAUGGCACCUCUGAUGGUUGUGACUCACCUAAAGGGACACUAUCAUUUAUAUAUAUUUUUUUUCAAAUCAUGAUCUGUAAUUGAUAUUAAAUAAAAUAAAACUUGAAAUGGA